AUGAGGGGUAAAUAUAUGCCUCCAAGGAAAACAGUUCGCAGAAGAUCUCCGUCACCUGAACCAUCUGGAGAGAGUUCAACAGAUGAUGAAACAAACGAAGUUGAGAGAAAAGUCCCCUUCAAUGUUGCUCUCAUGAGACCUCGGCCAUUUAACCCAUUUGAUGAGGAUGAUUCAACGGACAGUGAAGCAACGGACACCGAAGCAACAGACAGUGAAGCAACGGACAAUGAAGCAACGGACAGUGAAGCACUGGACAGUGAAGCAACGGAGAGUGAAGCAACGGACAGUGAAGCAACGGACAACGAAGAGAACGAAGUUGCGAGAGAAUCUCCCAAAGCUCCUCGCAUGAGAGUUAGGGCACGAGAACCAUCUGAUGAGGAUGAUUCAACGGACAGUGAUGCAACAAGUCAAGAGGAGUUAAAAGUGAGUCCAAAGAAGAACAAUGAUGCAGUAAACGAGCCGCCGAACAAGAAGAGAAGACUGCAUAGGAGGAAGAUGUAUACCCCUCGAAGAUUUAUUUCCCCAGAGGCAGAAGUUAACCAGACUGAUGCAAAGCCGUGCAACAGUGGGGGAUCAAAGGAGAGCCAUUCUGAUUAA